AAGAAGGGUUUCAUGUUUGUUGAACCCCCCUAUUCUCCUGCUUUGGUCCGGUCUGUUGCUCUGUGCGGAAACCAACAGGAGGAUGAGGAAGUGAAGGGCGGUGAGUUGAGAAGACGAGCAGCACCGGGCUAACUAACAUUUCUCCUCGUAGUCAGACACAAAACCGUCAACAUGUCGAGCAAAAGAGCAAAGGGAAAGACCACCAAGAAGCGCCCUCAGCGCGCCACCUCCAAUGUCUUCGCCAUGUUUGACCAGUCUCAGAUCCAGGAGUUCAAGGAGGCCUUCAACAUGAUCGACCAGAACCGUGACGGGUUUGUCGACAAGGAGGACCUGCACGACAUGCUGGCCUCGCUGGGAAAAAAUCCAACUGAUGAGUACCUGGAGGCCAUGAUGAAUGAAGCUCCCGGACCCAUUAACUUCACCAUGUUCCUCACCAUGUUUGGAGAGAAGCUCAAUGGCACAGACCCCGAGGAUGUGAUCAGAAAUGCAUUCGCCUGCUUCGAUGAGGAGGGAACAGGUUUCAUCCAGGAUGAAUACCUCAGAGAGCUGCUGACAACAAUGGGUGACCGGUUUACAGACGAGGAGGUGGACGAGCUCUUCAGGGAGGCUCCCAUUGACAAGAAAAACAACUUCAACUACGUGGAGUUCACACGCAUCCUAAAGCACGGUGCCAAGGAUAAGGACGAUUGAAGAGCCACCCCGGCAUUGACCUCCUCGCCCUCUUCGCCUCUUUCCGUCAGCUAGAUGACCGUGCUGCAUGUCUCAACUCUCCAGUAUAGAAUCCUUUCAACCAAACCAAAGCAAUAACUAUCCACUCUAUGUAGUGAACUUCGAGUACUGCCAAAUUUGCACGUCUUUAAUUAGAAGAAAAUAUUCUAACAUGCGUCUUAAGUGUUUUUUCUUCUGUCAUUUAAAGAUGUGAAGUGGCAGCACUUUGGAAGCUCUUUGGGGGAUAAGUCUUUGCAAUUCAUGUGAUCGGGUAUAGCUGAAUUUUUACAUUUUAUAAUAUAAACUUUUUAAAUAAAGCCCUUUAUCAAGUUA